CCAAAUUAUUCAAACCCUAAUCCCCAAAUCCACCCACAACAACAUCAUCACCACAUACGCUUCCCGUCAUUCGCCCUAGGCGAUUUUGAGGGGCAGUAUGAGUGGUACGCCUAAUAAGAGGGUGCAUGAGGAUAGUGGAGGUCAUUCCUCCCUUUCAAGGUAUUCCCAUAUGCAGGAUGAUUCUGGAACUUACUCUGGUAUGGGGGGCGCAAACUCCAAGCUAACAAAUCCACCAGCUCCCAGUGAUUAUCAUGCCACAUCCUUUGACAUUGGGCAGGAUGCCCGCAUGCCUAAAGUCCCCCGAACUGAACCUCGGGAAAUGGAUACUAGAAGAUCACCUUAUUAUCGCUUGCUGCCAUCAUCCUUGAUUAACUCCCAGUCUGAUCAUGCUGUCAACCCUGAGGACAGGGUUGAAUUGAGAGAUUCUAGGGACAAUAACGUCAGAGAUCUCAAAGUUGAGAGCCAUGACGUGAAGGCAGAAUCAAAAGAUCCGUAUCAAGGUGCUAAAAGUGAUAAAGAUGUUAGGUAUGUUAACAGAGGGGAUGAUCAUAAAGACACAAAGUAUGAGAGAGAUACUUAUUCAGAUUAUAGAAACGAGCUGAAAACAGAUAAGGAUGCCUACAAUCCAGUGAGUAGUCACUUAAACUGGAAAGAAUCAAAAGAGCACCACAGGGCAUGGAAGUAUCCUGAUACAUCUGGUGGAAACUUGGAUUCAUGGCAUGUGUCACGCAGUAAUGUGCAUGGACAAGUGGAGAUUGCAAGAGAAAGCUUGGCCAUAGAAGAGAAGGAUUACACUGAAGCUCACGAGGCUGUUUGUGAGAACAAGGUUGACGUGAAAGGAGAGGAUAGGAUCAAAGAGAGAGAUAGGAAAAGGAAAGAUGGGAAACACCGCGAAUGGGGAGAAAAUAACAAAGAGAGAACCGAAGGUAGGAAUAACUUGCAAGUAGGUAACGUCAAUAAUGAGAUGAAAGAUCCAACAAAGGAAGAAAGAGAAACUGAGAAGUGGGAGAAAGAGAGGAAAGAUCUAUCAAAGGACAAGGAUAAACUGAGAGAUAAGGAAAAAGAUCAUACUAAGAGGGACUCGUGGAUUGUCAAUGAGAAAGAAGGUUUGCAGAAUGAGAAGGAAGAUGUGGAUGUAUCAUCCAGAGCUCUGGAGCAGGAAAAUUUAUCAUCAGAUCAGAGGAAACAGAAAAAUACCGAUAGCUGGAAGGACUUGGAUAAAGAAUCUAAAGAUAGGAGGAUAGAGAGAGAUGCUGAUAUUGAAGGGGAGAGAUCUGAAAGACGCAAUAAAGGCUUUGAUAAAGACUCGGAUGACGGGGGCGUGGAUGUGGAAGGGAGUGCCGACAGAGAAAGGGAAGUUUUUAAUUAUGGUGUUCAGCAGCGGAAAAGGAUGCUUCGACCUAGGGGUAGUCCACAGGUUGCAAAUCGAGAUCCCCGCUUUAGAUCUCGUCCUCAAGACAAUGACGGGUCUAUAGGAAAACCGGAUGUGUCAACUGUCGUAUACAGAGUUGGUGAAUGUAUGCAAGAAUUGAUAAAACUAUGGAAGGAGUAUGAAUCAUCUGUACCUGAUAAAACGCCUGAAAGCUCACAAAGCGGUCCUACUCUUGAAAUCCGUAUUCCGGCUGAGCAUGUUUCUGCUACAAAUCGCCAAGUUAAAGGUGGCCAGUUAUGGGGCACAGACAUAUACACUGAUGAUUCUGAUCUUGUUGCCGUUCUAAUGCACACAGGCUACUGUCGCCCAACUGCUUCUCCUCCUCCACCUGCUAUUCAGGAGUUACGUGCUACCGUCAGGGUUCUUCCUCCGCAAGAUUGUUAUGUUUCUACACUGCGGAACAAUGUUCGUUCUCGUGCAUGGGGGGCUGCUAUUGGUUGCAGUUUUCGUGUAGAGCGAUGUUACAUCGUCAAGAAAGGUGGCGGGACAAUUGAUCUUGAACCUUGUCUUACACAUACAUCCACUGUGGAGCCUACUCUUGCUCCUGUGGUUGUGGAACGCACAAUGACUACUAGAGCUGCAGCUUCGAAUGCGCUUCGUCAACAAAGAUUUGUGCGUGAAGUAACAUUACAAUACAACCUUUGCAAUGAACCUUGGAUCAAGUAUAGCAUAAGUGCGAUAGCGGACAAAGGUCUGAAGAAGCCUCAAUUUACGUCUGCAAGAUUGAAAAAGGGAGAAGUUGUCUACUUGGAAAGCCGUAGACGUAGGUAUGAGCUUUGCUACAACGGAGAGAAGAUGGUGGAGACAGUAAUUGCAAAUGGAGGUGGUGGGGAUAGCGAUGGUAAUAGCAAUUUGAUGGAUGUAUUCCGAUGGUCUGAAUGUAAGAAGGCGCUUCCUCAGACAGUGAUGCGGUCGAUUGGGAUCCCGUUGCCACCAGAACAUCUACAGGUGCUGGAAGAGAAUCUUGACUGGGAGGACAUCCAAUGGUCACAGACAGGUGUUUGGAUAUCUGGAAAGGAGUAUCCUCUUUCCAGGGUCCAUUUUCUAUCCCCAGUCUAAAGAUAUCAUCACACUUUGAUGUUAUUAUUAUUAUGUGGUGUUUGUUUGUUUACAAAUAAGACUUGCUACUAGUGUUGCUUUCCUUAUUUUAUUUUUAAACACAAGUCAAGUCACCACCACUUUGUUUUAUCUUGUUUACCUACUUCAAAUUCCAAUUCCAAUUAUACCUUUAAUC